AAUACCAAUAUAACUUCACUAUCUGUCAAGUGUAGUCAAGGGGUGCCGAGAAAAAACUGAGUUCUCCUUAGAAAAUUCAUAAAUUCCGCUUCAAAUAUCAAAGUAAGAUGAAAAACGUUAUUUUAAUAUUAAAUAAGUGUGUGAAAAUCCGAAUAAAUUUAAGUUUCAGGCCUAGUACAGUUUUGUGUUUUACUACAAAAUUAUUACAUAAUCCAGGAUUGUUUUUAUGAUAAGAAAGAGAUUUUAUCCUUUUAUUCCAAAAAUAAGAUAACUUAAACAAUGGCUCUGGCAUUCCGUGGUGCUUUAAGAUCUGUGGCGAGGAGGCUCCAAGUACGUAGCUAUGCAGAUGCUCCCAAGGGUGACGAAAUGGCACUUACAUUUGCUGCUGGCAAUAAGGUCUUCUACGACAAAAAAGUUGUUAAGCAAAUUGAUGUGCCAUCAAUGAGCGGAGCUUUCGGUAUCCUGCCCAAACACGUCCCCACACUUGCUGUCCUGCGCCCCGGUAUUGUUACUGUGACAGAAAAUGAUGGAAAAAUUAGCAAAAUCUUUGUGUCUUCAGGCACAGUCACAGUCAAUGAUGAUUCUUCUGUCCAGGUACUUGCUGAGGAAGCCCACCCUCUGGAAAAUCUCGACCGAAGCGCAGCUCAGGAGGCCCUUAGCAAAGCUCAGUCUGAAUUAAACUCUGCUGGUAAUGAAAAGGCCAAGGCUCAAGCAGCUAUCGCCGUAGAAGUCGCCGAGGAGAUUGUCAAGGCUGCGUCUGGUUAAUGUUUUCACUCCACACUGCCACGAACAGUUAGUGUUAAAAGAACUAUUUAAUUUACGUCUCUGUAUGAAUAAACGCCGUUUCCAGUAGA